CUACUUUGACUCAAGACGGUGAAGAAGAGGAUCGUCUUUUGACCAAUCAGAGGUUACGUUGAUACGUACAGUGCGCAGGCUCUGUUUCGCAGAUAUUUCAUGUGUUGUACGUCGUGUCCGGUGGAGGUCAUAGACAUCUGAGCAGAACUGAGAUUGCUGUCAUGGCCAAGCUGUUUGAGUCCAUUGGGAAGCUGGGGCUGGCCCUCGCCAUUGGUGGAGGCGUUGUGAACUCGGCACUUUUCAAUGUUGAUGCAGGGCACCGAGCUGUGAUAUUUGAUCGGUUCAGAGGAGUGCAAGACGCUGUUGUUGGUGAAGGGACCCACUUCCUGAUUCCGUGGGUUCAGAAACCCAUCAUCUUUGAUUGUCGUUCCCGUCCACGCAACGUGCCUGUCAUCACAGGCAGCAAAGAUCUGCAGAAUGUAAACAUCACAUUGCGUAUCCUCUUCCGGCCAGUGACUGGCCAGUUGCCACGCAUCUUCACCAGUAUUGGUGAAGACUAUGAUGAGAGGGUGCUGCCAUCUAUCACCACAGAGGUUUUAAAGUCUGUAGUGGCUCGGUUUGAUGCAGGUGAGCUCAUCACCCAGAGAGAGCUUGUGUCUCGGCAGGUUAGUGAGGACCUUACGGAAAGAGCCGCCACCUUCGGCCUCAUCUUGGAUGACGUUUCCCUGACACACUUAACCUUUGGCAAGGAAUUCACAGAGGCUGUUGAGAUGAAGCAGGUGGCUCAGCAGGAGGCAGAGAGGGCCCGUUUCGUUGUAGAAAAGGCAGAGCAACAGAAGCAGGCAGCCAUCAUUUCAGCCGAGGGAGACUCCCAGGCUGCCCUGCUCAUCGCCAACUCCCUGAUGGAGGCCGGCGAUGGUCUGGUAGAGCUUCGUAAGCUGGAGGCAGCUGAGGACAUCGCUUUCCAGCUCUCCCGCUCCCGCAACGUCACUUACCUGCCCUCAGGACAGGGCACAUUGCUCCAGUUGCCACAGUGAUAACAUCUCGCCUCAUGUCUACCCCCGCUCUUGCUGUCACCAGCUAUUGCAAGGGCCAUGGAAGGGGUGGUUGGAGGAUUCAGCAAAGGACUCCCAACUUCACACACAUUCCUCCCACUCUUUCUCUAACCAACUCUGGACUGGGUUCUGCUGAUAGCAGCAUGGUGGGAGACAAAGUGAGCGGUCUGUGAUGGAUACAUUUAUGACGUCCACCUAUGUGUGAGGAAGUGAAGGGUAGCCUAUAUAUAGUACUUUGUUUUAAAAAGAAUUGACAAUGCAGUAAAUUCUCUAAAGAUUUAUCUUUGCUACAUUGUUUGAUUCUAAGCACUGCGGAAAGAAACAGUCAUUUUAACAUCAAAGAAAAAUUGUGAUUCCUUUGAAAGAGCAGAUGACAUGUUGUGAAUGAUAAAUGCCAUUACUCUUAUUGUUGUGCUGCAAAGUUUCAUUAAAUUGUGUAACCACGUGUAGUCAAAUCUGUUAUGAAAGGCUCCCCUUUGGAUUCACUGACUAGAGAUGAUUUAUUCAUUUGAUUUAAAUUCUGUCUGUUCUGACUCGCUUGAGGAAUUAAAUGUCUGGAAUAUA